AUGCUGUCAAGGUCGAAUAGCAGCGCGGGAGAGCGACUCCGUCGAGCAAAGUCCAUGUCCUCCACGCAUACAGCAGCAUCCGGCCAAGCACAGCGACUAGGCACGACCAUCGCCGCUCAGAACACCCGUCUUCAAGCAGAGGUUGCAGCUGUUGAAGCUUACGAGCGUGCCCGACAACUCGAUGAACUCAGUGCCUUUACUUCGAAGCCACGACCCAAUCGACGACGGAGUCAGGCCUCUGGCAGGACCGAAGGAAGUCACUUCGAAGAAGCCAGGAGACGUUCAGUAAACCAGGCCGAGAACGUCAGGCCAAGGCCAUCGAACGCAUCAUCUUUUGCGCAAAAUCGAGCAAGUCUACCGAGCCAAACCAGAGUUGAGGCGUCGGACGAAGGAAGGGUCAUUACCAGAAGUAGAUCUGUUAUACCGCCAGUGCCAGCCGCUACCGCUUCUAGCUGCAGUCGUCCUGCCUCAAUUUCGGCCGCUCGUCACACCCGGCAAAGGCAAUCAGUGGAUACCGACGGCAGUCCAGCACCGCGUUACUCGCAGUGUGUCAAAGAUCGACAGGCAACGCUGCAGCUGAGCACGCUGAGCAAUGAAGUUACUUCUGAGGAAGGCACACCUUUCACCGCUCCUCGAUCCCCGCCACGACCAGCAAGGCCGUCCAUUCGAGAGACGCAAACUGAUGAAGACAUCAGAAACAUGGCCACGAGCGCCUACCUACAGGAUCUGGAGCGCAAAAGAAUUCGCGAGCGCAGGUCUUUCAUCUUCAGCAGUUUUAAGAAACGCCGUGCGACUGGCAAUGCUUUUAACACGUCACUGCCACCUUUCAAUUAUGCUCACGAUGGAGACGGAGCCCCGAUGCCAACCAACUCCGCCAUGCUCGCGCCUGCAAUUGGGGCACAGACCAAAUCUCGACAUUUCUCCAGCUCAAUCAAGAGUCGUAUCAAGAAUGCAUUUCGCAGGACUUCUAGGGCUACAAGUAGUAUGCCAGCUCAACACGUUCACGCAAAGGAGUUUCACUUCACUAUCAAGGACUAUGACCCGAGUGAUGAGUCGCGUGGUUCUGUGGACUUUGCAGAUCCUUUCAUGACCAUUGCCGCAGAAGAGCCCCGAAUUGCUCCGCCCUCACCGCAAACUCGCCCAAACAGCAAGGUCAGCACCAUCAACGAUGGAUCAGCGAAGUCGAGGGUCACGAGCUGGACCAAUUCUACGGUCGCCGCGUUCUCUAGUAUCCGCACUAAUGUCGCUACGGCGCAUCCCAAGGAGCAGUCACCGGCAUUACACCGCACAGCUAGUCAUCACACCUUGCGCAAGAAGAGCUCCUUCCUCGGCGGCCCUAUCCGUGACAAGCUGCGCCGCGUGAGCAAGGCUGAUCUUAAAGGCUCCGAGGAGAGCAUGGGUCUGUAUUCAGCUCUGCAGAGACGCAUGAGGUCGUCGAAGUCCAGUGAUCCCAUCCACCAGCCACUGAUAUCCGCUCCUCUUGAGCUCGAACCAGGAAAGAACUCGGCGCAGACUCUUGAUACUCGCGCAAGCCUGCCAUCGCAGCGGUAUCGACAGACUGACGACGCAAGAAGCGAUUUCGACACCACAAUCCGCAGCAUUACGCCUGAGCCGAAUCCAUAUGGCAUUGACAUACCUUCUCCAGUUCACGAAGUCACGAGUCCUGCACAGAGCAAUGACGAUAUCGAUUCCACGGUGCUUCACCAUGCCGUGCAUGGUUCUGGUGGCUCUUCGGCGCGGUCCGGCUUGCAGCGACGAUCUGCUGUGAAAGCGCCUCCUCCUUCACAAGACGCUCUGGCUCGUAGAGUUGAGCGUGCUAGCAAUAGAUGGAAAUCACCCCUCGACGAGCUCUCUCCAUCCAACUCUCGGUCCACCCUCAGGAUGUCGGAAGACAACCCCUAUAUACUGCGAUCUUUGAGCCAAGCGGCCAAGCAAGUGACGCCGGUGAACGACUUGCCACAUCAUCGAAAGGCUGUCAAUCUGCUUUCGCCGAGGUCGGACGUGAUCUCACCAAGUGUCUACUCGCGCGCUACUGACGGCGCUUCUCCUCGGCCAGAUUCGCCAGAAGUGUACGAGCCAGCGACAACUAUCACCAUCACCGGUCACGAGGUUCGCAGGUACAGCAUCUCUCCGCCAAAGCGGAUAGACGAGAAGCAACACCGUGGACAUGGGAGCGGCACCUGGCGAAAGUGGCUCUCUGACGAAAUGAAUACCACCUUGGGCAGCAAUGAGAAGCAGAUUCGCCUUCCGCAGAGCAUUUUCGUGAACCCUCCAGCACAGCGACAGGAUUCUGGUGUAUCUUCACUCACGGCGGUGCCAGGCCACAAGAGAAGCGUGGCCAGCAUCACUGCCGAGCUUCGAUCUGUGUCGCCUCUCUCGUUCCACAGCGAAAACCGACCAGCUUCACGCGCUAGCAGUCAGGUCUCCGACAUGAAUGGGAGAUAUCCUGUCAUUAAUGCGAGCAGGAAUACCAGCCAGCAUAGCAUUGCGACAAGUCGAAAAGCUUCGCCGCCACCUCCUCCAGCAAGGCAGGACAGUUCGGAGGGCCGUCUUUUGCAUUCUGUCGCCAUGGCUAAGAAGCCAAGCAUUGAUGCUGCUUUGCACUCGACCGCGACUACUCGGGCAAGAGCCAAUUCGAAGAGUGCUGGUUUGGGACAGAUAUCAGCUGCAGCACGUAGUCAAAGCGCUCUCGGGUCUCGACAGAACUUGAAUGUUGAAGCAGCAUCUGGAAGUGGUCGCCUUUCUGCCGCCAGCGCUACGUCGCCCGGCAAGGCAUUUAGUCGGCCAAAGUCGGCGUACGAGCUGCGAGUGAACUACAAGAAUAAUGCCAAUGCAGCAUCGAAGCCACUUGAAGUCCGUCGCAAGGCGAUCGAGAACGGUGAGAACAGCAUGCUGGAGGACAGCACUUUAUUCAAUAUCUCCGCGGGACCAUAUGCCGCACCACGAUCGCCAAGCACUAAUCAAGAGAAUACUCGGCCAAUGGACAGUCCUUUGCAGUCGCUGUCGAGCUCGGAAUGGCUUGCUGCCGGAUCAGGCAAGAAACGCGACGCUAGAAGAUUCACUGCCAGUCCCGCGCAUUCUCAAAUCUACGGAUCUUCUAGAAAAGAGCGUUCGCCUGGUCAGCGACUGGUCACGAAUUGGUUAGAUGAGAGGAUGUCGAAGUCGCGUGAGAAUUUGCAACCCUCGAAGGAAAGCACGCCUGCUUUUGUGUGA